UAAGAUGUUCAAGACGCGUCGACGACGACGAUGGGUUAAACGAUAUUCCAUCUGAGAUUGAUCCGAUAGAAUUGGGAGAAUUGGCUUCAUCGGAUCGAGGAGAAAUAAUAAAAGGGAAGGAUGGUCGUUAUCAGUUGCCAGUAGUUGUACUCGUGUGUGAUUUUGUGAAGCCAAAAAAUGCAAAAAUUCCUACCUUACUGAAUUGGAUUGAGGUUGAGACUCUGUUUCAUGAAAUGGGUCAUGCGAUGCAUUGCACAAGAUGUCCUACGGACUUUGUAGAGUUGCCAUCAAUACUGAUGGAGCAUUUCGUAUAUUCACCCAGCGUGCUUUCACUUUUUGCAAAACAUUUCGAGACUCGUGAACCAAUUCCAUUGGAUCUUAUAUAUUCACAUCGUAAUGCACGCUCUCAGUUCUCGGCGAUGGAGACUCAGUAUCAAAUAUUAAUGGCUCUUUUGGAUCAAUUGUACCAUUCCAAUCUUGCAAGUUCCUCCUCGUUUGACACCACGGCCAUUUUAGCAAAUCUCCAGGACACCUUGGGACUUUAUCCAUCCGUCCCUGGAACUGCGUGGCAAAUACAAUUUGGGCAUUUAUAUAGCUAUGGUGCCACAUAUUAUAGUUAUCUUUUCUGCAGGGUUUUGGCUGGAAAGAUAUGGAAGAACACAUUUGAGAAAGGUCCGCUGAGUAGGGAGGCUGGGGGAAAGUUUCGCGAGGAAGUUUUAAGAUGGGGAGGGUCAAGAGACCCGUGGCUAUGUGUCGGUAAGGUGCUAGGGGAUGAAAAAAUUAUGGCUGGAGAUAAUAACUCCGUUUCCAUUGUUGGCGAAUGGGUUGAUUGCUUAUAG